CGCAGUUUUCUUUGUCAUGGCUGUUGCUGUCGAUUUCGAUUCUCGGAGGCCGUGGUACCUUCACGUGGAUCACCCAGAUGGCAUCCAUGCCAUUUUCUCUGCUGGCCCGACAAUUUGGAAACGUAGCAGAGCAGGCAGUUCAUUUCUCUUUUCUUCUCGGAUAACUAUCCACGCUAGUGGUCGGAGAAGUUAUGAGCCACUCGAUACAAUGGCGUUCUUCGCUCUUAUCUUACGGAACAUUGCUCGGCACUGUAAGCUCUCUUACUGGGCUCUCCAUGAUCUCCGGGUGUCGAGGGAUAGCUAUUAAUGGCUUCCAACCAUCGCCAAUUAUCUCAUCAGGGGUUGGCUGUCUACAGCUUAUACUCAUCAGCUGCAGCUUUGCGCCAUCGCAGAGCUGCCCAUGCUCGCCCACUCGUCCAGCACGGUUGCUUACUCUCUUGAUUGAGGCUGUUGAAGUGAGAUUCACCUUGGUGAGACAGCCGAACCUCCCCCUGUCCAGCCUGCAGUUUGUCAUGAGUCGAUUGAUGUCGUUCCCACCAGCUGUCGAUGAUCGUCAAAGUGAGCUGCAUCUGUCUCGUCUUCGUAGUACUCACCGGACCGCCAACUACCUUAGACAGGAAGAGCUACAGCUACCCAGAGCCUUGGACACUUGGCAUGCAGUUCGCUCCAUUUGCUUUUGUAUAUGUAUUAAGUGGGCACCAUCCAUAUCCAUCAUGGGGGCCGUGUCUGUUAGCUCAGUCGUCAGUUCUCUAACCUCAUGCAAGCAAUCCGAUGACACGGGACGGAGACUUUCAGCCAAUCUCUUUGCAACUAACUCGUUAUAGCUGACCUGUCGACGUCAGUGUGGGAGCAUGGCGGGACUCGCGGCCUUCAGGCAACCUCGAUCCAAGUGGCGGAAAGUGCAUGGCCGUCGUUCACAUCCUACCAUUGCGGC